AUGCAGCAUGCCGGCAAGAAGCCAGGUUCCAUGUUCGAUGACCUCGCCUUCGUCCCGGACCACGACCUCCUUGACACGGUAUGGCUUGAUAACCCUCAACAAGAAUCUAACGGCAAAAAGGGCGAGAAACCGUGGCUGGUUGACCCUAAGGCCGCAUCCGAGGAGCCUCCAUCGACGGCUUCUGUUCGCGAUGCUGAGCUGGACGUCGUCAACACCCAGCUGGCGGUGCAGGAUCCGCCGGCCGCUCCUCCACCGGCCGCGUUUCGCGACGACAUGGUGUCGUGGCUGCUGGACGAGGCGAUCGACGGCACCUUCACGGCGGACGCGUGGCACGACUUCGCCGCCGCUGCUCUCGGCGAGGCGGGCAAGGAGAUUCACAAGGACGCUGCGGCUGGUCCCUCUGACCCUACGGCCAAGCCUUCCUCCAUUCACGCUCCUGCUCCCACGUCCGCAGAGGCAGACGCCUUUCACAAGUCCGCCGCGUUCGGCGGCGUGAAACCGGGCUUCAAGAGCUUGAGGCCCGAGCAAGCGAUGGUGUCGCAGAGACCUGUCGGGCAGGGCCAAGCGACCGGGUGCGACGGUGUGGCGAAGAAGACCGCGCUGAGCAACAUGGGCGUCGCCGCGCUGCUCGCGCAGAAGCGAGCUAUCAGCCUCAAGCCGGCCGCCGUGUUUCCCGGUGGCAUGUCGGAUAUGCGGAUGAGCAGCGGCGGGGCGGAGAAAGGCGCGGGUAUGAUGGGGAAGGGGGCUAGUAUCAUGGAGAUCUCGCAAGGUAACUUCCGGCCGCCGGCUAAGGUGCCGGUGCUGCCCGCGAAACACGCCGCUCAAUCUGCCCCCUCGCUUGCGCGCACAGGCGACCCUUCAGCGUCUCCCCCGCAAGCUACAGCGCAGCAACAAGCGCAACUGGCGGCCACGGGGAGCCCCACGGCGGGCGCUGCGAGCCAGUCGGGUGCCGCACGCGGGUCGCGGUCUCCGCCUGCCGGUGGCGCGUCCUCCGCGGCGCACUCUGCUGCGGCGGGCGCGCUUACCGCCGCCGCGACGAAGCCACUCCCGUACGCGCCGAUCGCGAAGCAGCAGCAGCAGCAGGGCGCGGAGAGAAUGCGCGGCGAGGCAUCGGCGGACGCGUUUCACGCGUCGACUGUUACGAGCAACGUUGACGGCCCCGGCGCAUGGGGCAAGCACGAGCGCGACGGCACGGGCAGCUGCGCCGUGGGCGGAGACGACGACGACACGAUGGGCGCGCACAGGGAGCGGAUGACGCGCAAGAACACGUGCGGAACGAAGGACUCGGGCAUUCAUCCAGGGUCGGGCGGAGGAGGUGGGGGCAGCUGGGGGAAGCGGUCGCGCGAGGAGAGCGAGAACAUGGCGUUCGACGAGGCGGACGUGGCGGAGGAGUCGGCGGACACGCGCAAGACGAAUACCACGGCGAAGCGCAUGACCGUGUCGUGCAACGAGAGCAGCGCCACCAAGCGCGCUCGCGCCGCGGAAGUGCACAACAUGUCGGAGCGGAGGCGGCGAGAUCGCAUCAACGAGCGGAUGAAGACGCUGCAGGAGCUCAUUCCCAACUCCAACAAGACGGACAAGGCGUCGAUGUUGGACGAGGCCAUCGAGUACCUCAAGAUGCUGCAGCUGCAGCUACAGGUCAUGUCCAUGCGCACGGGCAUCAGCAUCCCCUCGGGCCUCACGGGCGCGGGCGCGGCGCUGCCGUCGCUGGGUGCGGCGAACAUGGCGGCGGCCGCGGCGCACAUGGGGUCGUCGCCGCUUCCGGGCUCGCUGGGGAUGGGGCUCUCAGGCAUUGGCGCAGGGCUGGGCGGGGGGCUCGGGGGGAUCAACGCGGGGAUGGGCAUGGGGAUGGGCAUGGGGAUGGGUCUUGGUAUGGGCGGACUGGGAGGCAUGGGGGGGUUGGGCAUGGGCGGCAUGGGCAUGGGCGGUCUUGGGUUGUCGGAGCUUGCUGGACUGCCAGCUCAGCAGCGGCUCAUGAUGGAGAUGGCGUGUGCUGACCUGGCGCCGAAUACAGCCGGGCAGGGUCAACUGAAUGACAUGUCGUCGGUCGCUGCGGCAAUGGCUGCUGCCACGUCAUCGCAGUCGCUGUCCCAAUCAGCACGGCACUCGCAGCUGCUGUCACAGCUGCAGGCCGCGCAGGCAGCAGUGGUGGCAGCGGAGGGCGGCGCCAGCGGAGGGGGUGCGGGGCGGGACGGUGGAGGAGGGAGGGCAGCAGCAGGCUCGGCGUCAGCAUCAGCAUCAACGUCAGCAGCGAUGGCGGCCGCAGCUGCAAUGCUGGAGGGGCACCGGCAACGGGGGCCCUCUGUUGAUCCCAUGGAGGCUUACCUAGCACGGCACCAGCAGCAGCAGCACCAGCAGCAACGGCAACAACAACAGCAACAGCAGCAGCAGCAGCAGCAGCAGCAGCAGCAGCAGCAGCAGCAGCAGCAGCAACAACAACGUCAGGCGUUCAAUCUGGACAUGUACCAGGCGUUCCUGCAGCAGCAGCAGCAGCAGUAG